AUGUUUGCGUGGGUGGCUGUAAUCUUGGUUUCUUGUCAUUUGGCCAGCAGCGAUAUUUUUCCUUCUCUAUUAACAACUAAUGCAUCAAUAGCUAUAGUUAUUGACAAAGAAUAUUUAGCGGAAGAUUACGAAAAUGUGAAAACGAAAAUCGAAAAUUAUUUGGAAUAUGCUAAAAGGGAUAUUUUAAGACAUGGGGGAGUCAAUGUUCAACUAUUCGCUUGGUCUGCGAUCAAUGUGAAAAGAGAUUUUAGUGCGCUUUUGAGUAUAACUUCUUGCGAGGAUACUUGGAGGUUGUUUAGAGCCGCUGCCAGUGAGAAUUUGUUGCAUAUUGCUAUUUCAGAACAAGACUGUGAAAGACUUCCUCAAAACAACGCCAUAACCAUCCCUAUAAUCGACAGAGGUCAAGAAACUCCUCAAUUGCUUUUAGAUUUACGCACUUUUGAGGUUUACAAGUGGAAAAAUAUGGUCAUUAUGUAUGACGAUACUAUUUCUGAAGAUUUAUUAACAAGAGUAAUCAAAUCAAUCACAAAACAAGCUAAUGGCAUCGAAGCUACAGGAAUAUCACUAAUGAGCCUUUGUUCGAACAAAUCAUUAACUGUUAACGAUUUGAGAGCAAAUUUGAAAGGGAAAUUGGCCGUCAUAGUGAGUUUAGAUUUAAUAGACAUAAUAAUGGAAUAUGCCAAAGACUUGAGAUUGGUCAACACCCAAAGUGAAUGGUUAUACCUAAUAUCCGACACAAACAAUAAAAUCAAAGACAUGCAAAGUUUUAAAAGACAAUUAAGGGAAGGUGAUAAUGUUGCCUUUAUUUACAAUAACACUGUUGUGGAUAAUAUUUGUGUGGGUGGUAUUGUAUGCCAUGUUGAAGAAACUCUUCACGGUUUCAUCAAGUCUUUGGACGAUGCUAUUGUGGAAGAAUUUGAAAUGGCAGCGCAAGUUUCUGAAGAAGAAUGGGAAGCUAUUCGACCUACGAAAGUCGAAAGAACUAAAUAUUUGACUGAUAAAGUUAAGAAAUAUCUUACCGAUUAUGGAACGUGCGGAAAUUGCACCAAAUGGAAACUGGAAACCGGUGAAACUUGGGGCAAAGAAUAUCAAAAUCAAGCAGACUCAUCCAUGGCUAGUCUUCUACAAAUCGGUUCCUGGCGACCCAGCGAUGGUCCUUCAAUGGUUGAUGUGCUUUUUCCCCAUAUUGCUCACGGAUUUAGGCGCAAACUUUUACCUCUGGUAUCGUUUCAUAAUCCUCCAUGGCAAAUUCUCAAAACCAACGCCACCGGCGACGUAAUCGAAUACAACGGCAUCGUUUUCGACAUUGUAAAAGAACUAGCGAGAAAUUUGAACUUCACUUAUAGCGUGGAAAUUUUCAGAAACCAUCAAGCAAACUUUUCGUACAAUACAAAUAAUGAUUCUAACGCUUUUUCGGAUAUGAUUGAAAACUCGCAAAUCACCACAUUCAGAGUGCCCCAAGGUAUAUUGGAAAUGGUGCAUAAUAAAACUGUCGCUAUGGGAGCGUGCGCUUUCACUGUCACAGAGGAAAACAAGAGGAUUAUUAAUUUCACCGAUCCUAUAAGCAUACAAACUUAUACGUUUUUAGCUUCGAGGCCCAAAGAACUUAGUAGGGCUUUGCUUUUUAUAUCGCCUUUUAGAGGAGACGAAAGUUUCAUUGUACCUAAAUUUUUUUUAGACUUGGCUCUGUUUAUCGGCAACCAUAAUCUCAAUGGGCCCCAUUUUGUUUUACAUCCACAAAUGCAGUCCUGUUUACGAAUACAAAGGCAUGCGAAGCAAAGGAGGCCUAGCGACAGUGGUAUGCAUCUGCCAUUGGCAGACAGCGCCAGAAUUAUAGUUGGUGCUUGGUGGUUGGUUGUACUGGUAAUAGGAACCACUUAUUGUGGUAAUUUGGUUGCUUAUUUGACUUUUCCGAAAAUCGAGGUGCCCAUUACCACGCUCGACGAUUUGGUGGCUCAUAGAGAGACUCUCACUUGGAGCUAUGCCAAGAAUACUCUUUUUGAGUCGCGAUUACAGUCUACAACUGAUCCCACCUACAAAACAAUAUACAACAACGCUAAAGAUAUACGAAAUAGACGCGAGCUGAUUGCGGAAAUCAAAAAAGGCAAACACGUUUACAUCGAUUGGAAAAUAAAAUUGCAAUAUUUGAUCAAACAGCAAUUUUUGGAAAACGAAGCUUGCAGUUUCGCGUUGGGAAUGGACGAGUUUGCCGACGAGAAAAUUUCUUUGAUUGUCGCUCCAGAUACGCCUUAUCUUCAAAAAAUCAACGAAGAGAUUAAAAAGUUGCACCAAGUGGGUUUGAUACAAAAAUGGUUGGAGGAUUAUUUGCCGAAAAAAGACAAAUGUUGGAAAAAGAAACGGAGCGUCGAAGUGAAUAAUCAUACGGUGAAUCUGGACGAUAUGCAAGGGAGCUUUUUCGUGUUAUUUAUUGGUUUUGUCAUGUCCAUCCUGGUAAUGGCGGUAGAAAAUUUGUGGUUCAAGAAAAUCAAAAACAAAAAAAAUAAAAGAGUAGUGCAACCUUUUAUUGCAUAAAUUUAAAAUAAAUAUGAUUCGUAUACUUAGAUAACAUGCAAAUAUAAAUUUUGUUAUUUAAAUAAAUAAUAUGAUUUUUGUACUGUUUUAAAUUAAAAUAAAUGUUUCAACAAUGAUGCAAGCUAGCAAAAUGAUUUUUAUUUUUAAAGGUGGAACCCCAUGCCCCAUACUUUGAAUUCGAAUCCAUUUUUUUCUUUUCCGCUUUCUGUUUUUCUUGCUCGUACCUUAGGGUUGCUUCCAAAAUAGGUUUUCUACAAAAAAAUAACUUACCUACUUAUCACACUUUUAAUGAUUAUUGGUUAUUCCCCUUACUUUGAUUUGCUCCAAUCGUUAGACAUUUGUUGUUCGGCAAUUGACAUUGGGUUUGCUCCUUGCACCAUUUUUCUUUGAAUAAAAAGUUGCACUUUUCAAAGGAAAAUAAGUUUCUAUGGCACGUGAUGUAUUUGGGUUAGUACUUGAAGUUCCUUUCUGUUGCCUGAAUUGCCUCUACGGCUACCUUUUUUAGUUGCAAGGUUUUUC